AUGGCAAGUAGAUCCUCCCUCAAACAUGUUAAAGUGAAAGAGUCAACAGGAGAACCAAACAUUAUGGCUAUUUUCAGUAACUACACAGAUGCUGAGGAAGCAUACACAUAUCCAAUCUUAGAGUUUAAAAACUUCAAACCAAGAUUAAAAGAUAUCAUAACAGGAUCCAUAAAAUUUAAUUCUAUUGAGUAUAUUCAAAUGCAGACAACAGGACUACACAAAUCAGCAAUAGUAAUCUUUACUCACCAAUUCGACUAUGAUAUAGCCAUAAACAAUUGGUUAGUAACAAUAGAGGGGAUACUCAACACAUGGUUGCAAACUGCAAUGUUAAACCUUCAGACAAUAUUCGCACAAGACAUGGGACAUAUCCCAGAGACAGAUUCUUCACACAUUGAGAGAAAACAUACUACAACAACAGAAACCAGUAUAGUAUCACAUCAGAUAAGUCAACUAGAAAAAAGAAUUAGCAUAUUAGAGGAAGACACAGUACACAGACAUAUGGAUGAAAUGGAAGAAGAUAUAGAAUCCAUCUUGGAUUUCACAAUUUCCACAACAGAACAACUAAUUGAGACAAAAGACAUCAAAACAACUCAAAGUCAGAUCAACGAAAAACUCAACAAAAUGGAAGAAACGAUGGCACA